AUGACUGGCGCACCCCCCGGGGGUGGGGGUUCCACGAGUAAUGUGGAUUCGGCCCCCAUCCCCCCUUUUAUGCGUUCGUCAACGUUUGACGGCCGCAAAAUCUACUUGAAAGUACAACGACCUGGUGAAAAUCCACAACCCCUCCCGAACAACCCGUCCUGGUUUGCUUCGAUCAUUGAAGGCAAGCUAGGCAAACCACUGCGAAAGGAAAUAGAAAUGUCUAUAGAUAGCCGUGGACUGAGUUAUACACUCAGCACAUACAAUAUACAGCUGGCCGAGGAGCUGAAGAGGAUUAAACAGCUUGACACAAACACGAUAAUAGAGAUAAUUGACCACCCCAAUUUAAAUAAAAGAUUAGGGAUGGUUUACCAGCCCGAAACAAUGGAUGUUCCAGAAGAGGAGCUGCUUAAACAGUUAGCUAAUCAAGGAGUUCUUGCCGUGAGAAAAAUCACCAAAUUUGUUGAGAAAAAACAAGUAAAUACACCGUUGAUUGUUUUAACUUUUGGAAGCACACGCUUGCCAAAAGAAGUCUUCUUUGGUUGGAUGAAGGUUUCAGUAAGAACGUAUUACGAAAGCCCUAUGAUUUGCCGGAACUGCCUUGAAUAUAGGCAUACUAAGAAAAGGUGCAGCCAACCGACACGUUGUACUCGAUGUUCCCAAAAUCAUUCGAAUAUGGAAAACACAUGCAAGGAAAAGUUCCGAUGUCCUCAUUGUCCAGAAGAGGAAAAUGAGCACUCCGCGGCGGGGAGAAAAUGCCCUCUAUACCGCCAUGAGGAAGCGGUCAUCCGUUGCAAAACGGACGAGUCCAUUUCCUGGGCAGAAGCCCGGAGAAGGAUUGGUUCGCCAAAUGCCAAACCUACAUAUGCAUCGGUCACCGAUGCGGACAGUGCUCGAAAAGAUAAGCCACACCAGUAA